GGGUCGACCGAAUUCCAGCGCGCACGGGCACGGGCACGGACGACUAGACGAGAGAGACGACUGCACCUGCACCGCCCUUCCGCGACGCCGCCCCGCCCCGCCCGUCCGUCUCGUUCCCUCCCUCCCUCCCCGACCCCACCUGACCACCUCCCGCGCGGGAGAUCCGCCUCAUGGCGCCGUCGCGGCCGCUCAUGCGGGGGAUCCGCCCGCCGCGCGUCUUCCCGACCCGCGGCGGCCGCGCCUCGCCUUACGCCGUCGCGCUCACCGCCCUGCUCCUCGUCUCCGCCGCCCUCCUCGCGCUCAUCGCCUUCGGCGUCUUCUCGCUCCCCGUGUCCGCGCCCAACGCCGCCACUACCGGCGCCGGUGGGGAGACCGAGUCCGCCGACGCUCGACCCGCGCGCCCCCGCGCCCGCCGCGACCUGGGGGAGGGGCUGGGAGAGCGCGGUGCGCAGUGGACCGAGGUCAUCUCGUGGGAGCCCAGGGCUUUCGUCUACCACAACUUCCUGUCUAAGGAAGAGUGUGAAUACCUAAUUGGAUUGGCCAAGCCUCACAUGGUCAAAUCAACAGUUGUCGACAGCACUACUGGUAAAAGCAAGGACAGCAGGGUCCGGACAAGUUCAGGCAUGUUUCUUCAAAGAGGAAGAGACAAGGUUAUUCGAGCAAUUGAAAAGAGGAUAGCAGACUAUACCUUCAUACCUGCAGAUCAUGGUGAGGGACUCCAAGUGCUGCAUUAUGAAGUUGGGCAGAAGUAUGAGCCUCACUUUGAUUAUUUUCUUGAUGAGUUCAACACCAAGAAUGGUGGUCAGAGGAUGGCUACUCUUCUGAUGUAUCUAUCAGAUGUUGAAGAAGGAGGUGAGACUAUUUUCCCUGAUGCAAAUGUGAACGCCAGUUCUUUACCAUGGUACAAUGAGCUUUCAGAGUGUGCCAAAAGAGGCCUUUCUGUCAAACCAAAGAUGGGAGAUGCACUUCUUUUCUGGAGCAUGAAACCAGAUGCCACUCUGGACCCACUAAGUUUGCAUGGGGGGUGUCCUGUGAUUAGAGGAAAUAAAUGGUCCUCAACCAAGUGGAUGCAUAUCCAUGAGUACAAAGCUUGAGGCUUGGAGAGUCGAACAUACAAAAGAUGGACCUCUAUGCAUGUGACUUGGGGCUCUCUACGGGAUUGACACUCAUGUAUGCUUUACAGACCCUCUGAAGCUGUAUUCUUUGCUCCUUUGUUGGAGGGGAGAUAAUAGGGGCCAAUAAGCUGGGGCCUUGCUCGUCCCUGCAGUAUUUUUUGGGGCUGAUCCUUGCUGACUUGGUCUUUUGUCUUUUCUUUUCUUUUUCUUCCUUUGCAGUACCCCAACUAUAGAGGAAUGGUGUAGUGUCUGGGGGCUGGGGCAUAGAGUUUGAGAUUUUGUUUUUGUGCCAUACCCCUAAUAUUAGUACAUGAAUGCUGUAUUGCUAUGAUACUUAUAAGCUUUCGUACUAAUGAAUAAUGAUGCCUAUAGCUCACAUCUGGUACAUGAAUACUGUAUUACUGUU